UGGGACCAUUUUCACCUGAUGCUGAUUUGGUUAAAGAACAAAACGUCUUGUCACAGAACAAAACAUGGAGUGAUGGGUCCUACUUGGGUUUUCGUCCACAGUCUCAAUCUACUCCAGCAGUUUAUAUAGCUCAGUUGAAGUCCAACACCAAGGCUAAAUUAGGACAAUUUUCAGCCAUAGAAUCUGAUAAAGAGAAUUUCUAUCAGUCGAGCACAGGAAUUACUUCACAGCAAGCUGUCCCAAAAGUUGUUGCCCGUCUCCCACAUGAAGCUAAUCAUUAUGAUAAAGAUUCUCUGCAGACCUCUGCAGAAGUCCAGUUUCUCCCACGUCUCAACUUUAUACAAAAAGUAGAUGCACUGAGUGCAAAACAGAAUGAUAGCCCAACACUGGAAGAUUUUGAUGGCAUCUCUUCUAAAAAUAAAUCUCACCAUGCAGUAUCCAACCCCUUAAACAAAAGUCUUACUCAGCAGGCUGGGACUUUACAACAACCUUCUGUUGCAUGUGCUGUCAAUCAAAAUGCCACUCAGAGCUCCUCCUCAGCGCCCUCUGGCUCUUCUUCUUCAAGAAGAGGAGAGGCAGUGGGCAGUUCUCCUUGUGACAAGGAUAACAAGGAGUCUGAAGCACCACCCUCGCUCUUUGGCAGGUCACAAUCCCACUCCACUUUAAGCACAGUCAUCAUGUCUGUUAAUAAACCUCAACAGAUGGACACGCCUCCAGUAAAAGUGUGGACUCAGAGCCAAGAUGAAGCUCCAAAUCAUCAUCAUUCCAGCACUGAAGUCCAUCCUUCUCUUAUGAGCCUCGGCCACUUCAAUGAUGUGUCGUUUGAUCAGACACUUUCAAGUUCCCAAGAAACUUACAGUGGAGUUAAAGUAAGAGCUUCUGCUGGAACAUCCUCUGUUGUCAGUUUGGAGAUUGAUAAUUAUGCUCCCUACUGGACUUCGAAACACUCAGCCCCACCACCUCCUCCAAAGUCUCCAGAGCUCAACAUCGAUGAACGAAUUCCGCUAUAUCUUCAAAACCUUGGAAUAGACCAGACUCCUUCAAAAAUUCUGACUCCUUUUGCUCCUAGAGGGCCGAUUAGAGAAGUUGAAUUUUCUCUCACUGACCUCUGUGCAACUAAAAGAUCCAUUGGAACCCCUUUGAAGAGCACUCAGCCCUGUGAGGGAGGCAGUCCCCUGAAAGGAGAAUUCUCCAGGUCCAGUAUUUUGUCGGUGGACUCCAGUUUGUCUGUACCGUUUAGCCUGGACAGUCUUGCUCGAACUGUAUCAAUCCCAGAGCUGGUCAGACCAGCAACAAUGGGACUACAGACGAGCUGA